UUUUUAGAUACAGUACUAUUGACCUGAGAAAAUCCAACCACCAAAGCUUGGUCUUCUUCAGUGAUCGUCUUCAACCGAAGCGCCGUCGUACAGAAUAUCUCGAUGAAGAAUUUUAGGGUUCUCUUCCUCGCUCUCCUCCUCCUUGUCUCUCCUCUCCUCCAAGUGGCUAGGUGUCAGUCGGAUUCGGAGGAAGCUGUGGAGACUGUUGAAGGCGGUGAUCUUGGGAUUGUUGGUGAAGAUGCCCCAGAGUUUGUUGAUAGUAGUUUUGGCCCAGCUCCAGGAGUUGACACCGUUUGCAUUUUCCCUAAGAAUAGCGGACGAUUGGUGACGGCUGGAGAAGAGACUGAACUUCUUGUUGGGGUGAAAAAUGAUGCGGAGUCAGUCAUGAAUGUGAUUGCAAUUCAGGCCAGUAUUCAUCUGCCUUUUGAUCAUAAGCUGCUUGUUCAAAAUCUGACUUCACAGGCCUUUAACAAUGCAUCUGUCCCAGCUUCAGCUCAAGCUUCAUUCCCAUACAUUUUUGCUGUCAGCAAGUUCUUGCAGCCUGGAAAUUUUGAUCUUGUGGGUUCCAUCAUUUAUGAGAUAGACGAGCAUCCAUACCUAACUACCUUCUAUAAUGGUACCAUUGAAGUUGUGGAGUCUGGUGGUUUCAUCAGUGUUGAGUCUGUGUUUCUUUUCAGCCUUGCAGCUGCUCUUCUUGUCUUCGCUGGUUUAUGGAUCCAGGGUCAAGUAAAGCAAUUAUCUAAGAAAACCAAGAAGGCUCCGAAGGUGGAAGUUGGAACAGGAACUACAGAUGCCUCAAUGGAUGAGUGGCUUCAGGGAACUGCGUAUACUCAGUCACUAUCCAGCAAAUCAAAGAAGAAGAAGUAGACAAAUAGUCGUUGCCAAGUUCAGCUGCAUGAGGCACUCCGGUGAAGUGCAGACUCUUGUAACUCACACUAGUCAUUUUGAAAUUUUAAGAGGGUUUAUAAGUGAGUAGUUUUGGAAAUUUAGGCCAGAAAAGACUUGCCUUGCUGUUGUAGCAUGUGGGAGAAAAUUUUAGAAUAUUUAUUUUCUUUGGAGAUGCUAAAAAAGUUGAGCCAUUUUGAAGGGAAACUAACUCUAAUUUGAGUAGGAAGAACACAGUUUUCCUGAAUCAGAAGAACCUGUCUUAGAUCACAUUAUUCUUUUUCACUUGCAUGGAUGAAUUUACUUCUAUUUUGUUUCA